CUUUUCCUCCUCGAGCGCGGAUCCGCUUUUGAAUGUUGCCGCCGGCUCAGUCAGUCGGCCAGCGGACGUAGCUGUUGGUUCCGAGUGCAGAAACGAUGUGAAGCAACACUCUUUUUGGAUUUCAUAAGACAUCAUUUCAUCAUGGGACAGCAAAUUUCGGAUCAGACGCAGCUGGUUCUUAACAAGUUACCAGAAAAAGUAGCAAAACAUGUCACAUUGGUUCGAGAAAGUGGCUCCUUAACUUAUGAAGAAUUUCUUGGAAGAGUAGCAGAACUUAAUGAUGUAACUGCUAAAGUGGCUUCUGGCCAGGAAAAACAUCUUCUCUUUGAGGUACAACCUGGGUCUGAUUCCUCUGCCUUUUGGAAGGUGGUUGUACGAGUAGUCUGUACCAAGAUUAACAAAAGCAGUGGCAUUGUGGAAGCAUCACGGAUCAUGAAUUUGUACCAGUUUAUUCAGCUUUAUAAAGACAUCACAAGUCAAGCAGCAGGAGUAUUGGCACAGAGCUCCACCUCUGAAGACCCUGAUGAAAACUCAUCAUCUGUAACAUCUUGUCAGGCUAGUCUUUGGAUGGGAAGAGUAAAGCAGCUGACUGAUGAGGAGGAGUGCUGUAUCUGUAUGGAUGGUCGAGCUGACCUCAUCCUGCCUUGUGCUCACAGCUUUUGUCAGAAGUGCAUUGACAAGUGGUAAGUAAUCUGCCGCCUUCAUGGGUUAGGCCAAGAUCAAGCGGGAGAGUAUAUAUGAAUAAACUUCCAAAAAUGCAAAAAUAUUAUAGUUAAGUAUAAGAGAUUUUGUUCUUUAGUACUUCGGAUUUUAUGACAUGCCUCCUACUGGUUAAAAUAUUUUUAUACCUAAAGUUUAUAAAAUGUGGGGAUGUAUCUUAGUUUUGACAAUUUACUUUUGCUGUAAGGAGAUUUGUGCCUGACUAGAGUCUAGAAUCAAACAUUCCCCCUUUUCUUCUAUUUUCCUCCUCAUUUCUACUUUUUUCCUCCAUAUAUGAUUAGAAAGAAUAAUAUGAAUCCUUGAAUAUUGAAUAUUGGACCUGGAGAGAACUUUAGAGAACAGCUAGUCAAGCUCAUUAUUUUACAAAAUAAGAAUCAAGCGUUCAGGAGAAUUUAUAAUUGACAUACAAUAUGUCAAUUAUAACUACAUAUAUUUAAAGUACAAUUUGAUAUAUUUUGAUAUAUGUAUAUACCCAUAAAAAUCAUCAUCACAAUCUAGGUAAUGAACAAAUCUGUCACUCCCAAAAGUUACCUCAUGGCCACUAUAAGGUCUCCUUCCCCCCACCUCUUCUUCUAGUCCCCAGACAACCACUAAUAUGCUUUCAAUCACUAUAAAAUAAUUUGGAUUUUCUAUAAUUUUUAUAAAUGGAAUCAUACAGUAUGUACUCUUUUUUUGUCUGACUUUUUUCAUUCAUUAUAAUUAUUUCAAGAUUUACUUAUGUUGUAGUAUGUAUCAGUAGCUCCUUCCUUUUUAUUACUGAGUAGUAUUCAUUAUAUGGAUAUGCCACAACUUAUUUAUUAUCCACUCACCCGUUGGUGGACAUUGGGUUAUUUUCAAUUUUUGGCUAUUACAAAUAAAGCUGCCUUUAUAUAUACUUUAAAUGUACAUUUGUGGACAACUGCUUUUAUGGACAAACAUUUUGUUUUUUUCUUGGAUAAAUAACUAGAAGUGGGGGCUUCCCUGGUGGCGCGGUGGUUGCGCGUCCGCCUGCCGAUGCAGGGGAACCGGGUUCGCGCCCCGGUCUGGGAGGAUCCCACGUGCCGCGGAGCGGCUGGGCCCGUGAGCCAUGGCCGCUGAGCCUGCGCGUCCGGAGCCUGUGCCCCGCAACGGGAGAGGCCGCAGCAGAGGGAGGCCCGCAUACCACAAAAAAAAUAAUAAUAAUAACUAGAAGUGGAAUGGCUAGGUCAUACGGUAGGUGUAUGUUUAACUUUUUAAGAAACUGCCCACUGUUUUCCGAAGUGGCUGUGCCAUUUUACACACCCACCAGCAGUGUAUGAGAGCUCCACUUGCCACACAACCUUGUCAGUACUUGGUAUUUGUCAGUCCUUUUGAUUGUAGCCAUUCUAAUAGAUGUGUAGUGGUAUCUCACUGUGGUUUUAAUUUGCCUUUCCCUCCUGACUGAUAAUGCUGCGUAUCUUUUCUUAUGCUGAUUUGUCAUCUGUAUGUAUUUCAUCUUUGGUGAAGUAUUCAUUCAGAUAUUUUGCCUAUUUCUUUAUUGGGUUAUUUUGUAUUAAGUUUUGAGAGUACUUUUUUUUUUUAACAUCUUUAUUGGAGUAUAACUGCUUUACAAUAGUGUGUUAGUUUCUCCUUUACAACAAAGUGAAUCAGUUAUACAUAUACAUAUGUUCCCAUAUCUCUUCCCUCUUGCGUCUCCCUCCCUCCCACCCUCCCUAUCCCACCCUCCCUAUCCCACCCCUCUCAUGGUCACAAAGCACAGAGGUGAUCUCCCUGUGCUAUGCGGCAGCUUCCCGCUAGCUAUCUAAUUUACAUUUGGUAGUGUAUAUAUGUCCCUGCCACUCUCUCACUUCGUCACAGCUUACCCUUCCCCCUCCCCAUGUCCUCAAGUCCAUGCUCUAGUAGGUCUGUGUUUUAUUCCCGUCCUACCACUAAUCUCUUCAUGACAUUUUUUUUUUCUUAGAUUCCAUAUAUAUGUGUUAGCAUACAGUAUUUGUUUUUCUCCUUCUGACUUACUUCACUCUGUAUGACAGACUCCAGGUCUAUCCACCUCAUUACAAAUAACUCAGUUUCAUUUCUUUUUAUGGCUGAGUAAUAUUCCAUUGUAUAUAUGUGCCACAUCUUCUUUAUCCAUUCAUCUGUU